AUGAUACCAAAUGUUAAAAACAAAUUUUCCAGCAUUCAAAAUUUUCAUAUUUGUAUCAACUAUCUUUUGAUAGAAUUAAUUUUGAAUUCCUUGGUUUAUGACAUUAACAGUAAACACGUUCUUAAAGAAAAUAUUGAAUCGCCUUCUAGGAAACUUCAAGUCUUGAUCUUAAAAGAAGCUCAAUUUACUUGGUUUAUGAUAAAGAACCAGUUACUUCUACCCCUAACCUUGCAUCCAUCUGGUCAAAUGCCCUACUGGAAUAAUAAUUCAACUGCAACCAUUUUGGAUGUUGCAUCAUCAAUUAAAAACAAAAUAACAUUAAAUGAAACAUCAAGUGUUAAUAAUGAUAAUUAUAGUGACAUUUAUGAUGGAAUUGAUAAUAUUGAUAGUAACAAUAACAAUAACAAUGUAAAUGAUUUAUCUCGUAGUGAUAUUUAUGGUGAAAUUGAUAAUACUGAUAAUACCAAUACCAAUAACAAUAAUUAUUUAUUUAGUAAUGAUACUGUAAAUGAUAAUGUAAACAUUUAA